AUGGAUCAAGAUUUCACGAGCAUUUUAAACAUAAUAUUUAUUAUCAGUGGUGGUGUACUUACAUUUGUGAUUUUGUUCAUAUUCGCUAAACGACAAAUAACCAGGUUCGCCCUUCGGUCACGCAGAGGACCCCAUGUUCCUAUUGGAACGGACGCAAAAAAGUGUUUGAAAAGAGAAAUCGAGCGAAGAAUCGAAGCCGUACCUCGUAUAAUGCACGAGCCUCGUCUGCUGUCCACAGAACCUUCGCACUACAUACUGGAGCCACAACAACCCUACCAUUAUAGGUUCAGGGCUGUUGAUGAUGUCAAAACUCUUGAAGAAGAAAUAGCCCAUCAAGACCCCAAUCUCCGUCGUCAUCCUCGUGAGUCGUUGCGAGCAUUCCUUCUAUCUUCGUUAGCAGUGCCACUGGAUGGUCGCGGACAGAAGUUGGUUCAUCAGUUCUGUGAUGCCUACGAGUCCGCCAGACACCAUCCGGCAGAGUUUGGUGAAGACGAGUACAGGGCUUACAGUCGUCUACUUAUGAAGUUGUUAGAUGCGGCACGUCUGUUAAAGAGUGUGUCGUGUGUGAGUUCAGUCCGGAGCAGUCCUCAGCGGAGACCGGCCCGUCUGUUGGAUCCUGCGAGACUCCGCACAACUCACCGACCAAACAAUCAUUACACUGCUCUUGAGAACAUGCCGGUGGAGGCCAAGUUACAGGACGAGGUGCUCCGGGUGCCUGUGAAGACUCCCCCCGAGCCGCUCACGAAGCCCCCGGCCGACGAGACGGCGCUCUGA